AUGGCUGCGAAUGCAGAUGAUAUAUAUCGUUCUCUAUCAGCCGAUGAUUAUGAGGUGAAGCCAAUGUCCGUCGAGAGCAUGUGCAUGAACUGUGAAAAAAAUGGUGAGACCAAGAUUAUGUGCACCGCAAUCCCUUAUUACAAGGCUGUUAUUAUUAUGUCGUUCGAAUGCCCACAUUGUGGAUUCAAAAAUAACGAAAUACAAAGUGGAGAAGCUGUUCAAGAACAUGGAACGGAAAUUGUACUUCGUGUGCAUGAGCAAGUUGAUCUUAGACGUCAAGUUGUCAAGUCCGAGUAUGCCCAAAUAGAAGUGCCAGAACUUCAAUUAACGAUUCCUCAUAAAUCUCAACCCGGAGAAAUCACGACAGUCGAAGGAGUCCUACAAAGGGUGUACCAAGGUUUAAAUCAAGAUCAAGAAAAGCGUCGAGCUGAAGAUCCAGAAGGUGCUGCACAAAUCGAUGAUUUUCUCAAGAAACUCGAAUCGUACAUGCAAUUGGAACAUAAAUGGACAUUGAAACUUCGUGAUCCUACGGGAAACUGCUUCAUUCAAAAUCCUGAUGUUCGUCACGUCGAUCCACGAUGCAUCGUCUCACACUAUCAUCGAUGUUUAAAUGAGAAAAAAAUGCUUGGACUUGCUGACGAUUUUGAGGAAGAUGAGGUAGAAGCUGAACCAGCGCCCGAGUUUACCAGCUAUGACGAUGUGAAGAAUGAAGUUCUGCAUUUCAAUACGAAUUGUCCCAAUUGUAACGCUCCAACAAAAAUCAAUAUGAAACCCACAGAUAUUCCAUUCUUCCAAACUGUUAUUAUAAUGGCAAUGAAUUGUGAUAACUGCGGCUACAAAUCGAAUGAAGUGAAAAGCGGUGGAGCUAUUCGCGAUCAAGGUUGUCGACUAUAUGUCAAAAUUCGAAGUGAUGUUGAUUUAAAAAGGGAUGUUUUAAAAUCUGAAACUUGUUCAAUGACUAUUCCUGAAAUCGAUCUGAAUGUUGGCGGAGCUGCAUUAUGUGGACGCUUUACUACCAUCGAAGGACUUCUCAAUGCGACAAAAGAGCAGCUCGAUUCUCAAUCAUCAUUCUUCAUGGGAGAUUCUGCGGAAUCUGAAGAGAAACGCGAGGUGAUGAAUUUCAUGCUAAAACUUGAUGAUAUCAUAAACUUAAAAAUGCCUGCAACAAUAAUAUUGGACGACCCGACUGGUUGUAGCUACGUGCAGAGUCUAACUGCUCCAAUGGACGACGAUGGAUUACAUAAGGAGUUUUAUACUCGGACUUAUGAGCAGAACGACGAACUUGGAUUGAAUGACAUGAAGGUUGAAAAUUACGGCGAACUAGAGGAUGUGGCGGAGGAAGGAGAGGAGGAGGAGGCGGAGGCGAAUGCAGAAGGAGAGAAGUAA